CAGCCCUGCUCAAUCAGCUCGUCAGCCUGUGUGAGAGGAGCCUAUAUAGAGCUGAUAAGAUGAGCGCUGAAGCCACUUCCACCAGCAGCUGUCAGCGUCAGUGUUCAGCACGUAAAAACUUCACCGAAACACCUUACCCUCUGCCCUUCGACAACCCCUCCACACAUCUUUGCCAACCUGAUAACUGCAGUGAUUUCUCUUUUUUGGGGAAAAUGUCUAAACUGCAAACUGCUAUGGCUAUCCUCAUCGAGGUGUUCCACUCCUACUCGGGAAAAGAAGGGGACAAGAACAAGCUGAACAAAUCGGAGCUGAAGAACCUGUUAAAGACUGAACUCAAAAUUGACGGCGGCGAUAGUCGCGAGAUCGAGGGUAUGAUGCGGGAAUUGGAUGCAGACCGUGACGGUGAAGUGAACUUCCAGGAGUAUGUCACUUUGGUUGCUGCAAUGACCAUGAUCUCCAAUGAGUUCUUCCAAAAAUGAUUGAGAGCAAGAACACCAUGAUUAGAUUUAAGAAACACUAAGUCUAAUAUUUCACAUUAAAUCAAUAACCCUUUCUUUACAUUUAUAUACUAAGAAUGUUAUUUUGGGGAAGCAACUGGUAAUAAUAUUAUUUGUAAUGACGUCAUAUAAAUGUAAUAUAUACAUCACUGCAAACAAACUCAAGAUAUUCUUGCCAUUUUGCCUCCAUCUAAAUAAAGAUCACAUCCUGUUUU